UUACGUAUUCGUAGAUCGCCGCUCAACCCGUACACACGACGACGAUGCAUUAUUCAUCAUCCAGCACACUGGCCCUACUGUUUCUCGCGCUCGUCCGCAACAGCCACCAGCAGUCCUGGAACUACUACUGUGAGGCGGACUUUUGCGAGCCGGGGCUGAAAAACGUUGGCUGUGAUCCACCACCCGCAGAAGGGGGGCCAGCCUGCAGUGGAAAGCAGGCCGAAAGUGUGAACUUCAACUUUGUCGUACAGGCGGCAAUUGUGAACGAGCAUAAUCGACUGCGCUCCCUGCUGGCCACGGGCCGGUUGGGUAAGUUUGCUCCCGCUUCCCGCAUGCCGCAGCUCGUGUGGGACAUUGAGCUGGCGAACCAAGCCGAACGCAACGUGCGCUCGUGUGUCUACGGGCACGAUGAGUGUCGCAAUACGGCCCAGUUCCGGUUCGUGGGCCAGAACAUUGCCAUCGUUCGCUAUUCCGGCCCGCGGAAAAGUGUGCUGGAGCUGUUGCACGAGGAAAUAUAUGGCUGGUGGAGUGAGGCUAACGGUACGACGCAAGCCAACCUCAGGCGAUUUCCCUCCGAAGAGCCGUUAUCGCAAAUCGGACACUUCACGCAGAUGGUUAGCGAUCGGACGUGGAAAAUGGGCUGUGCCGCCCAACAGUGGACCGAGAACAAGGUGUUCAACGUGCUUUACUUCGUGUGUAACUACUCUUUCACCAACAUGGUAGGCGAACCGGUGUAUGUGGCGGGGCCUCCAGCGUCUCGAUGUGCCACUGGGGAAGAUAAACUGUAUCCCGGGCUGUGUUUGAAAUCGGAGCGAAUUUAUUCCACACCCUUUGCGGUUGUUAACUAAUCGUGUAAUCGUUUUGCUAGACAUUUCUUAUAUUUAUGUUAGUGUUUAGAUUUUAUUUUUCGAUAAAAAAAAAUAUACUGCCCUCUU